AUGGAGACCAGAGAGCCCACAACCUCAGGCGCCUUCGAGCAAUCGAGUCUGUUUCAGUCGGAGUCGGUGGCUCUCUUCCUAGUCGUGGGCUAUUUUAUCCUAAUGAGUAGUAUAGGUGUGCUCUCCUGGUGCCGGACGCGCAAACGGGUGCGAGAUUUUAUGGAACAGCGGCGCAUGAGGCGGCCCCAGCGGUUCGAGCAUGAUAACCAGGUGUUGAAAAUCAGUAACGUUGACGAAGGGCGUCGCCUGCGCGCCUUAAGUCGUUUUCAGCACAGGAAAUGUCGCUCGACUUGCGAUGCGUCCCACGAGCAAGCCCAACAGUUCGCUUAG